AUGAAGACUACACACUCGAAGACAAAGGUUUUGCUCGAGGUUUAUUACACUACUUUGAAGACUACUAAGAAGACUACAUUCACUGGAAGACAAAGGAAUUAUAAUUGGGUACUGACCUCGGAAGAGCGGAGAAGUGCGGGAGGAGGGCGGGGUGGCACCAGGGCGGGACGAGCGGGCACCAGGCGAGCAGCGCCGGCGGGAUCGCGACUCUGUCCUCAGGCGGCGAGGUCAUCACCUCUACUGAGGGCCUCCACCGCCCUCCAGCCGCUCCAGCGGCGGCCAAUCGCCUCGGGGGGCGUGGCCUGCCCCGCCAAUGGGGUGCCGCCCCGCCCCCCGGCCCUCCAGCGCUCGAGGGCUGCCCCGCACCUGCCACUCGAUGGCCUUCUUCAACAUCCGCCAUCUUUAGGGUUUCAUCUGCUCACUUUAGUAUCAGUUAAUUUGUUACAGCUUACUUAA